GCCGGCGUUUCUCGCUGCCAUGGAGAUGGCGGGCAGCCCUGCUCUGUCACGUCAUCGCCAGCGGCCGAGCGCGGGUCAUCUGUGUGCGACGCCCGGAGGCUCAGUGACAGGCGGGAGACGGCGGAGCGGGACCAUGUCGCAGGCCAGCCUGGAGGAGCUGUCCGCCGCCUGGAAUACCCUGAGCAUGGGCCUGGUGCCCGCCUCUGCCCUCGGGCUGGCAGCGCCCAGGUCCGGUCUUGUUGAGCCCUAUCGGGAAGGUGACCUGAAAGCGGCUCUGGAGGUUCUCGUGGACUUUGAGCUGCAGUCCGUCCUGGAGGAAUGGUUCAUUGAGGUUCUGCAGAUGGAUUUACAGAGGAACAUUGCACCUGAGUUUUGGAACGGGAUGAACCAGCAGGAGAACGCGGUAGAAGAGCAGCAGUGCACCGCCCUCCUGCUGGACACCUUCCGCCUCCUCCUCACCCGCCUUGACCCUUAUUUAAAGAGCCUGGACCUCCUGGGGCGCUGGGCGGACGUGGCCCUACUGCCCGGUUCAGACUCUCAGAUGUUACGGGACAAAGUUUUCACCAUGAUAAAAGCCAUCCUCUUCUUCUCCACCUCCAAGACCUUUCAGAGUAUGAUCCAGCAGUUCUACACCCGCACCUUUAAGAUCUACAUGAAGCCCAAGCAGAGGAGGGCCGACAGCGCGAGCGACUGCGACAGCAGCAUGGACGAAAAUGAGCGCGAGAGGAACUCCGAGGACAGAGGAGCGGAGGAGGGGGACGAGUGCGCCGGCUGUGACUGCAGUGACGACCAGUGCUGGUGCCAGACGGCUAUGGAGCAAUUUCAGGAGCUCAACGGGAUUUUCCACAGGUUGAAUCUGCUGGAGAGAAUCUGCUCGGAGCCAGUGACCACCCUCCUGCACAAAAUGAUCGAGCAGAGGAUGGAGAAGAGGUGCCGGGGGGAUUACGAGAGGUCCUUCCUCAAUGAGUUUCAGGAGUGGAUAGAGAAGGUGAUUGGUUGGCUGAGUAAAGUCUUCCUGCAGGACGGUCCCCAAUCCAAUCCGGAGUCGAGCAGCAUCCUGAAGCGGUGGCGCUGCCACGUCCAGCGCUUUUUUUACCGCCUCUACGCCAGCAUGCGCAUCGAUGAGCUCUUCUGCAUCAUCAGAGAUUUCCCCGAUUCGAAGCCGGCCAUAGAGGAUUUAAAGUUCUGCCUGGAGCGGACCAAUCAGAGGCAGCAGCUGCUGUGCUGUCUGAAGACGGCUCUGGAGACCAGACUGCUGCACCCGGGCGUGAAUACAUCGGACAUCAUCACCUUGUACAUCUCCGCCAUUAAAGCUCUUAGGGAGCUGGACCCAUCCAUGGUGAUUCUGGAGGUCGCCUGCGAGCCCAUCAGGAAGUACCUGAGGACUCGGGAGGACACCGUCCGGCAGAUUGUGGCCGGCCUGACCGGUGACGCUGAGGGAGAUUUGGCCAAUGAGCUCUCAAAAGCCGACCCCGUGGUCCUAGAGAACGGACAGGAGAGCGACGACGACGUGUCUGAGCCUGAGGACUGGGUGCCGGACCCUGUGGAUGCCGAUCCUGGUAAAACCGGCUCCAAGCGCCGCUCUUCGGACAUCAUCAGCCUCCUGGUCAGUAUCUAUGGUAGCAAAGAGCUGUUCAUUAAUGAGUACAAGACCCUGCUUGCUGACAGACUCCUCCACCAGUUCAGCUAUAGUUCUGAGAGAGAGAUCCGUAAUGUGGAGCUGUUGAAGCUGCGUUUCGGAGACGCUCAGAUGCACUACUGCGAGGUCAUGCUGAAGGACAUGGCAGACUCUCGAAGGAUCAACUCCAACAUCCGUGAUGAAGAGGAGAAGCUCCCGGAGGAAGAGAGGCCGCCAUUUAACCUGGUGGCGGUCAUCCUGUCCAGCGAGUUCUGGCCGGCGCUGAAGGAGGAGAAAUUAGAGCUGCCGGAACAGAUCAAAGAAACUAUGGACAUGUACACGAAAAGAUAUGAGAAACUUAAGGCUAUGCGGACACUGAACUGGAAGCACCACCUUGGGUUAGUGAGCUUGGACUUGGAAUUGGCCGACCGCACCCUGUCCUUCUCGGUGUCUCCAGUACAUGCUGCCAUCAUCUUAAACUUCCAGAGUAAAAGUACCUGGACCUUAGAAGAACUCAGCGGGGUGCUGAAGGUGCCGGUCACCUCUCUCCGCAGGAAGAUGACCCUGUGGCUUCAGCAAGGGGUCCUCCGAGAGGAUCCACCGGGGACCUUCACCAUCAUAGAGGAGGAGCAGAAGGAUCAGGCCGAGAAGGUGGUCUUAAUAGAUAGCGACGAGGAAGGAGACUCUGCCAUGGCUUCUCAAGCAGAUCAGAAGGAGGAGGAACUUCAGCUCUUCUGGACGUACAUCCAGGCCAUGCUGACCAACCUGGAGAGCCUGCCCCUGGAGCGGAUUCACAGCAUGCUGAAGAUGUUUGUCAUGACCGGACCAGUGGUCACCGAGAUCAUUAUUCAGGAGCUCCAGGAGUUUCUACAGAAGAAGGUCAGCGACCACCAGCUGGUAUAUUCUGGAGGGGUAUACAGGUUACCCAAGAACGCCAGCUGAUGAUGGCUGCCCCCCACAAGACUGAUACACAUGGGAUUCCUGCAUCCAUCCCCGCCACCACAGUGUCUGCCAGAUGCUGGGAGGAUGCCCAUUGACUGCCCAUAGUUCUGACCCGGACAGCCUUGUCAUGCAGUAGUUGACCUAUAUUGUAUAUGUGCGUGUUCCAUACUUUGGAUGUAUGUAAGAUAAUAAAUGCUUUUGUUACU